AUGCAACAUUCAUGUUCACGUACAUGCCAACAUGUUGAUGAAACAAGUGUUGGUCAAUGGAAUUUGUAUAUGAAAAUUGAUAAAUAUAAUUUACAAUGUUAUAAUGAAAAACAUGAUGGUUCAGGUAAAGAUGUAUUUCGAGCAUGGGACGAACGACUUGAUCGAUCUAAAAUCGUUGAAAGUGAUGAUGAACAAGAAUUACUUUUCAGUAUACCAUUUAAUGGUGCUGUGAAAAUGACUGGUCUAUGUGUUAUUGGUGAAAAUGGUCCAUCACAUCCGAAUAUAGUUAAAUUAUGGAGUAAUUUACCUGAAUUACGUUUUGAUAAUGCACGUGGAAAAGCUCAUCAAGAAAUUGCACUUACAUAUGAUCCGUCAGGUACAUUAGCUUAUCAAGUCAGGUAA